ACAGCUAAAGUUCUUUGCACCAGUGUUGUGUUUUGUUUUGUAACAUUUGGUGUACAGAAGCUAGUGGGGAGGGAUGAGUUUUUGUGGCAUUAAAUUUUUGAGUGUGGCUGGUUAUAUAUUAGCAUUGCAUCGUUACGUCCCGCUGUUUUGUGAAGCCUCAGGUUCACAGUGGUGGUUUCAUCAAGUUACUGGAGUUGUACUUCAAUGAACAAGCUUUGAGGUCUGUGCCAAUGGAUUUAGAACUUCCAGAUUAUUUCUGAAAAUUUUCGACAUGCUUAGCAAGAUUCCUCAAGACUUUAGAAAAUUUGAAAGAAAUCGUUGCAAAUUGCACCAGAUCCUGUAUGAUACUCAGACAGCUUUGGAUGAAAUAGCGUCAGCAAAUAUAUUUCCAGGUGAGGAUAUUAAAAAACAGAUGCUUUCAGCAUCUGUUCUCAAGGAACUUGACCAUGUCUUGACAAGUCUACCGGCAUUGAUUGUGACUGGACAAACGUGUAAAGCAAAAGUGCAACUUGUUAAUGCUCUUUUGGGUGAACCUCUCCUGCCUUUCUGCAGCAACUUAUGGAGGUGGAUUUUGGUACGGUAUGGUCAUAGCAAACGAGCAUACACAACUUCAUUGCCAGAAUCAAAUAAUGCAGAAAGGCAAGAGCUCAGAAGUGGAUGGUUAUCUGUACCUGAAAACUAUUUUAAAAAACCAGAAAAUGAAAAGGUGGACAGCCUUAAAACAAUGACGGUUAUUGAAAUAUGUCACCCACUACUUCAUGAAAAUAUCCAGGUAAUUGUGGUACCAGAUUGUGAUACUGCUCCAGUCAAUGUUUUCUCAAUGUUGGAUGAAUGUUUACCACAGAGGCUUCAGAUAUUUUUCUACUGCAUCGGUGACGAGCAUCUAAAUGAGAAGCAUGUUCGUGAAUUACAGAAAAUGAAGGAAAUAUUUGGUGAGAAAGUGUUCUGCUUUGUUAUUACAUCACAAGUCAGAACACCUGAAAACUCGUGCAGCAGAUACACAUCAUCCCCUGUUGAUAAAAUGCUUGAGGCAGCUGCACGUAGUAUAGGUCACUCUUGUGAAGAUGCUAUGGAAAACAGGAAUUUAGUUGUGUUUCAUCAGUUAUCACUUAUUGGUUUCCACUUCAAAGAGUACUUGGAAUCCACCAUACCAAAAAAGUCACUGAUCGACCAGGCCAGUGCUAAGUGUGAGAUAGUCGAUGAAAUUCAAUCAACUGAAAAGCUGUACUCAUAUAUACGUUCCUGUCUUUGUUCAUAUCUUAUUCAAGCUGCAAGUUCAUUGAAUGAGGUACAUACCCAUUGCUUGAGGCAGUUCAUAUUGUCUGCGUUUGAUAUGGCACGGGAGAUCCAAAUUACUCCAAAAAGAAUUCAUUAUGCUCAGAAAAAAGAAGAGGAGCUUUACAGAAAUUUGAUGAACUUUGCUUGUGAAAAACAAGAAGAGAUUCGAAGGCUGGUUGAAGUAAAACUUCAUGAAAUGAAAGAAAGUCUGAUUGAGAGUGCAGUCAACUACAAAUACCAAGCUGUUAAUCUCCUUGAGAACCAGGAAGUGAGAUCAGCACAAUCAGUGCAUGUUGCUACAUCAGAGAUUCACUAUUUAAUACUGAGCCGUAUAAACAGUUCAGUGGCAACACAGAUAAUUCAGUCAGUAGAUUGUUUACAGGAUACCUAUGUUGGAACACUGCAGCGAUGUUUAGAAAGCUUAGAAAAAAAUUGUUAUGAACAAGAGGGAAAUCUUCUUGCCAGUGAUGCUGUAAGACAAAUACUGAAUGCUGCUUACAAUAUUGAGGUGAACCCUUCAAGUUCAUCUACGUUACUACACUCUUUUAUGGAAAGACUAAGGAAGCUCCUGUAUUCAUUCAAGUUCCCUUGGGCUCUUCCACGGAGAUUGGAUGCUGACUGGAGAAAACAAGUUGCAACUGAAAUGAUAGACUCAUUGAGUCCAUCCCGCUUAGUUAAGAGCAUUUUUUCUAAUCAGUUUAAGGAUCAUUUAAAUGCUUCGCAUGCAGCCUUCACUGCUGCCCUGCGAUCACUCCAAAAUCACUACUCGGGGCGUCUGGAGCGAACAGAGGAACAACGUGUUGCUAUUCGCAAGUAUCAUGCACCAAAACUUGCACGACUUGCACUGGAAAGCACCUGCAUGUGUGACAUGAUUCGUUUUGGAAUGCCGCAGCUUGGAAAAGAGAUUGGGAGGGGGCAGUAUGGAGUGGUGUUCUCAUGUGAUUCUUGGGGCGGCACAGGUCCAUGUGCAGUGAAAUCUGUUGUGCCUCCUGAUGACAAGCAUUGGAACGACCUGGCAAUGGAGUUUUAUUACACAAGGACAAUUCCAGAUCACAAACGGAUUGUUAGACUACGUGGGUCAGUAAUAGACAGCUCAUAUGGCGGAGGCUGUACACCGUCAGUCCUGUUAAUAAUGGAUCGUCUUUCACGUGAUCUUUAUUAUGGCCUACGGUCUGGACUGUCGUGGGUCACAAGACUUCAGAUUGCGAUUGAUGUUGUGGAAGGAAUCCGCUACCUGCACUCACAGGGAUUGGUACAUCGUGACAUUAAGUUAAAGAAUGUUUUGCUCGAUAACGAUAAUCGUGCCAAACUGACUGAUCUGGGUUUUUGUAUUCCUGAAGCUAUGAUGUCUGGCAGUAUUGUUGGCACUCCUGUUCAUAUGGCUCCUGAAUUAUUAUCUGGCCACUAUGACAGCAGUGUAGAUGUUUAUGCAUUUGGCAUAUUAUUUUGGUAUAUAUGUGCUGGCCAUGUGAAGCUGCCAAAUGUUUUUGAAAAUUUUCAAAAUAAGGAGCAACUGUGGACCAGCGUCAAAAGAGGUAUUCGACCGGAAAGGCUGGCCCAUUUUGAUGACCAGUGUUGGCAUCUUAUGGAGCAGUGCUGGUCAGGCGAACCAUCCAGGAGACCACUUCUGGGAUACGUUCAACCUCUGCUCGAAUCUAUUCUUGAACAGUAUUCCCGACGAUUCUCUGAACAGCUCACACCAGAAUGAAGAGCUGAAGUUUCAAAUAUAUCCCAAAUAUACUUAGAUAAGGAUGAGGACCAUGAGGAGGAGGAGGAGGAGGAGGAGAAGAAGAAGAAGAAGAAGAAGAAGAUGAUGAUGAUGAUGAUGAUGAUAAUGAAGAUGCUCAUGAUCUAUCGCAGCCCAUUGAUAGGAGGAAUUUGGUAUGCACUGCUGCUCCUGUUGGGUCAUCUUUCUUCAUAAUGAAGUUUCUAGACUGGGGAAGUUUUUUGUGGCUUGUGCAUUAUGAGAACUGUUUCCCUCAGUGCAGUAGCAUUUUUAUUGAUGACUUUAGGUUGUUCAACCAAAAAUCAGUAUUCGUUUUAUUACAUUUUAUUGCAGUUGAUGCAAAAAGUGAAACUGGAAGAUGCUACAUCAUCAGCCUUGAUGAUUUACAUCAGAUUUAAUAUUUUUUUCUGUAUUUAUUUUGUUUAUAUCUCAUGUGAUACUUUCUCAUUUAAGAGUCACUCAUUGUUCACGUGUUUUAAUUGCAACAAUAAUUUAAUAAUACAUCUAACUACAUUUAGUCUCCAUUAUGAUGUAUGACAGAUGAAAAAGAAUCCGCCCCCGCCCCCCCCCCCCCCCCCCCCCCCCCGCCCAACACACGCACGCACGCGCGCACACACACACACACACACACACACACACACACACACACACACACACACACACACACACACUGAGAGAGAGAGAGAGAGAGAGAGAGAGAGAGAGAGAGAGACUUAAAUUUUGUAUUAAAAUGUUUAGGAGUUGAAACUGUACAUAUUAAUAUGUAAUAGUUUAAUAUUUAUUGACAAAAAAAUAAAAUCAGUCUUAGAUAUUUGGAAAAGAGCUAUAUUUUCAUAAGCAUUUCAUUUCUUCCAUUUGGAAUGCAAGUGCUUCAGAAAUCAAGUUGCCUUUGCUACAGUGUGUUUAGCUGAAACAGGCAUUUACCUGUUUAAUGUUUACAGCACUUCCUUGGUUGAUUAUGUUGUAGUUAAUGUUAAAAAAAACAUUGUCGUCUUAAGGCAGCAGAAAUUUAACUAGUACACCUGAGACCAUCUGUAAUGGCAGUACUGUUUUUAAUCAUGAUUUUCACUAUCGUAAUUGAAACCUAAUCGAGAAAAGAAAAUUUUGCCCUUAUUUGGGUGUGCAAAUCUUUGUUUUCAGAAAUCUUUUAUGUAACAACAAAUGGGCAAAAUGUUAAAAGAUACUGACCUUGAAGAUACACUUAAAGAUAAAAAGUUUAUGCCACGUAUCUUAAGAGGCUGUAUUUCAGAAAAAGUCUUAUAUUUAGUUUUGUAUCAUUAUAUAAAAUGCAGACAUGAAAAAAAUAUACACACCAAAAUAAUUAUCGUGAUGUUGCUUCAGUCUCAUCAUCAUGAUUUGUAAACUGCAUACAUACUUUUUUCUGUAUAUGAAAUUUGUGUAAUAGCAUUAAGUUACUUUUGCCUUAAUAAUAUUCACUUGCUUGUUUUCAAAUGGUACUUAGAUUUUAUAUGCAGUAAAAUGAUCACUGUUUUAACUUAUAUGCUUCCAUUUUUAUUUCCAGUUUUAAUGUUCCAAGGUCUUUAGCAAUACUCUACAGUGAUUUACUCACUCAGAUCGUAAUAGUUGUGAAGCAUUUAUAUGUUUUUCUUUCUGUUGGACUGUGUAUGCAAUACAGAAUCACUCUGAGUACAGAAAUGUCAAACAUGAGCUUAUCGUACGUAAAUUUUGUGGAUUUCGUAGGUCAGGUUUGACUGCAACAUGAAAUGAUGAUUCAUUAAAAAACUUCCACAGUUAAUGAUAAAGAACAUGAGAGAGACAGAUUUUCUUAUUGUAAUAUUGUACUUUAAAGUGUAAAAACAGAAUAUAAAUGAUAAGUCCGUGCAAUUCAGUUGAAAUGAACUACCAUAAACAGUGUGUACUAUGGCAAUGAACUGGUGGACUUCACUGUGUGUAUGUUGUGUUGUCCUGUUACUCAGAUGAUUAUUUUUAAAAAAAAUGUGUAACGUACGUUGUGAUUGAGAAAUCAUAAACCACUUGUCCAUUUCUAGGAAACUGUAAUAUUUAUUACAAUAUUUACUGUAAAUAAAGUACUUGUACAUUUCUAAAAUUGA